AUGCGUCGGCGUGCGGCCCGACCAAAAUUACAAGCAAGGUCCAUCCCGAAAUUCCCUCCCCCUCCCCCCCUCUCCCCCCUCUUCCCCCUCUCUCCCCUCUUUCCCCUCGUCCUCAUUCUCCUCCUCGUCUGCCCCCCCCUGCCCCCAACCCAGGGUCACGCAAGAGGGGUUCUGCGGGAGGAAACUCCGCCUGCUCCAGCUGCUGGGGUCGAGCCUGUAAACGAGCCACGUAAUAACGAGUUCCUAGUCACCGAGCCUCUGGACACCUGCCCAUUGCCACGUCGGUCGCCAGUAGAGGGGAUCCACGUGGCCGACUCUGGAGCCUUAUCCGAGAAUCCGCACAUGCCACGUCAGACGCAGCACCGUCAAACCUCCUCCCUCGAUAUCCCUCCCACCAGAAACUCCUUAACUCCGCCGCUCCCCGCUUCCACCCCGCCCCCCCUUUCCCGUCCCCCGGCGACGCGCUCCCCCGCCCCGUUCUCGCCGGGAGCGGGAUUUCCACACUCCCCCGGCGCGCAGUCUCCGCCUCCCCUAGCAAUAGCAGUAGUUCCCGCGCACCCGUUCAAGCGCCGCGCGGUGGAGGGGCCUUCGCCGCCCCCUUCCCCGCUCCUGCGGCUCAACGAGAGCCAUCACUCUCCGCUUUCUUCGCCGUCUUCCGCGGUCUUUGGCAUCCGCGCUGCGCCUCUUAGCCCUUGCGCAUGGAAAGCGGGGGAAGGGGGAGGAGAGAGUGGGAGGGGUGGGGGAAGUCGGGGGAGCGUGGGAGGUGCGGGAGCGCAAUCCAGAGCGCACGAUGGUUCCGCGAGCGUAAUCGCAGGGUCUUCCGCAUCUCCCGCACCGGACUCCAGUGUAGUUUGGCCGGCGAAUGCGCCACGUGGCGGCCAGAUCCGCGGACCUCCUGCGCCGUCAGGCGCAAGAAAGGCAGAACCUUUGAGUCCUUAUCCAGACGCGCGGGAGCAGGGGGUGCCGCUUCCGCGCGCGCAAGAGCAAGAACGGCGGGUGGGCGGAAAGGCCUUAGCUUCCCCGCAACCCCGCGAUGGCCCCGUCAGCACAGUGACGCUUGAGUGGACUCAGAAGCCGCCUUCCCCGCGAUCCCGCGAUGCUCCCCCCCGCGCCGCGACUCUCUCCAGCGCGCUUCUCGCGCGCAUCGACGCGAUAUUCCUGAGCAAACGGAGCAAGGAGCGCGCGGAAGCCAAGGCGCAGGCGCAGGCGCAGGCGCAGGCGCGGCUGCGAGCAGCGGCGGGCGGCGGGUCGAAGCGGCGCGGGCAGGCUGACUCCGCCGCCGCCGCCGCAGCUGCAGCAGCAGCAGCAGCAGCGGGGAAACAGGAAGCUCCCGUCGCAGCGGAAACGGGAGUGGGAAAAAGCGCGGGUGUGUGGGGGAAGGUGGGUACAAAGGCGCGGCGGUCACUGUCUCUGGAUGGCACGGGGGCAAGCCGCGGGGAAAGGGUAUUUGCGGCGCUGGGGGAAGGAGGAAACGUGAAGGCGGAACCUGAGGUCUGGGAGGUUGGUGGGGGAGGCUCGAUUGGCGGGAGUGGGGGAAGCGGAGUAAGUGCGGGAAGUGGGGGAAGCAGGGGGAGCGGGGGAAGCGGGGGAAGCGGGGGGAUGAGUGGUACGCUUACUCGCGCUGCUGUUGUUGUCCCCAUGCCCGCCACCGCUGCCAUGCCUGCUCCCAUGGCUGCUCCCACGCCUGCUCCCAUGGCUGCUCCCACGCCUCUUCCCACGGCUCCUCCUUCGCUCACUCUCACGCACACCCCUACUGUACUCACAUCGCCGCUUGCACUGCCACCAGCAGCCACCACAGGCACAGCCGGUGCAGCAGGGCCAGCAGCAUCGGUCUCACCCUUCAAACAACCCGUGCAGCAGCAGCAGCAGCCCGGCCUUGAGCCCUCUUCAAGAACCCAUCCACCGGAACCCUCUUCUCCUCUGCCUCCUCCUCCUCCUCCUCCUACUUUUACUGCUCCUCCUACUGCUCUCGCCACCCCUCCCCCUUCUGCCCCCCCUGCCACUCCCCCUUACGUUCCCCUUCCCUCUCCCCUUUCUCUUGCCCCAGCUGCUUCCCCUGCUGCCCCGCCCGCUACCCCCCCUGCUCCAUCCGCGCGCCAUCCACCCCCUCACCGCUCCGUUCCCGCCCACCACCCUCAUCCCCCGCACCAUCCCCACCACCAUAACCACCCCCGCGUGCGGUACCGGGGGGUGCGGCAGCGGCGGUGGGGGCGGUGGGUGACAGAAAUCCGCGAGCCCACCACGCGUACGCGCAUCUGGCUCGGCUCCUAUGAUAACGCCGAGGAAGCCGCCCGUGUGUACGACAUGGCCGCCCGGCUGCUCAAGGGCCGGGCGGCAAGGCUUAACUUUCCCCACAGCGUGCAGCCAGUGGCGGUCCCCCGGGGGAUUGCGGAUGCUCUCAUGAGGGCUAGCCGGGCGGCAGCAGAGGCUGGGGGGGGGGAGGGUGGUGCGGGUGGUGUUGACGAUGGGGAGGGCGGUGCGGGUGGCGGUAUGGAUGAUUUGCAGGGUGGUCGGGAUAGUGUGGACGAUGGGCAUGGUAGGGAUGGGGAUGGGGAUGGUGGUGGUGAUGGGGAUGGUGAUGGGGAUUGGGGCAUCAGUGGUGGGUGCGGUGGUGGUGUGAUGGGGAUGGUGAUGGGGAUGGACGUGGUUGGUGCAGAGGCAGUGGGGGAGGGUGAGGCGGGCGCAGAGGCACAGGAGGUGAAGGCGUGGAGUGGUGAGAAGAUGGAGUGUGGCUCGGAGCAGGUGCAGCAGCAUCAGAGCAUGGUGCUUCAGCAUGCCGGGCAACCACCAGCCGGCCUACAGGAGCAUCACUAUUAUCAUCAACAGCAGCAACAGCAGCAACAGCAGCAGGAGCAGCAGCAGCAGGCGAGCAGUUUGGCACCUGAGAAUCCACCUGGCAGCCAGGCGCCAUCAUGGGAGGAGACCCUGAGAGACCUGGGCCUGGACGCACCCCUUCCCCCUGUCGCCCCUCCCCCUCCCCUUUGCCCCGCUCCCACUCCAAUUGCCCAGCCUCUCUCUGCUGCUCCCACCGCUCUCCACCGCUCUUCACCACCAGCAGCAACACCACCACCAUGUGUAACCCCAUCUCGCCCCUCCAGUACGCCUCCUCUUCCUCUCCUGCGCAUGCCCCUGUCGCUGCUCGCCUCCCCACGUGCGUGCACCCAUGUCCCUCCAUAUCGAUCAGCAGGCAGCCCCCUGCUCCACCUCCCGCCCUCGUUCCCUGCUGCUGCCUCCACCUCCGUGCCUGCUGCAACUACUGUAGCUGGUGCCACACCUGCUACAACAUCCGCACCUGCCACUACAGAACCCCCACCUGCUACAGCACCCUUACCAGAUACUACACCCAUCUCUCAAUCCUUCUCCCUGCUUCCCUGCUCCAGCCCCAACGAACGGACGGAUCAAAUAGACCAGAACAGCCAGAUGGAGCGGACGGACCAGAUCGAGCGAGCGGGCCAGAUGGGGCAGACAGACCAGAUUGAACGGACGGACCAGAUGGAGCGGAUGGAGCCCCCCUUAGAGCCUUAUACAUUGGAGCUUCCCCAGGUGCACUCCCACACCUCCACCGCCACCACUGUCACCAGCGCUACUGGUGGUAACACGGUUACCACAACUGGCACCACCAGCGGCACUGCCACCACCACGGCUUCUGAUUGGUCGGCGAACGUUCUUGUUGACUCCAACGAUUCCUCCAUGCAGAUUUUCGGGCAGACAAUGAAUGUUUUCUGCCCGAAUCAACAGUCGCCUACUGAAGUUUCUUGGAAUUCUCCAACCGAACCAUCUGUCCGAACCUCACUCCACCGAGCCUCUCUCUCUCGUCCGGCAACCGUCCCAGCCAAUCGUCCAGCCGUUCGCGCUACCGAACCUCCGCCUCUUGUCCUCCCACCCUCGCUAGAUGCCCUGUCAUUGGCCAGCCUCAGUGCUGAACCUCUGUUGCUGCCAUCCCUUCCGGAGAGGUUCGGGGGAGGUUUAGAGGAUGAGGGGGUGACUGGGGAUGAGGGGUGGUUCUUGUGGUCUGACCUGUAA